AACGGCUAAGAUUAAGUCGGGCAGUGCUAUCGCUUGCCGUCGACCUUCCAAGAUUGGCUCCAACCGCGCAGCCGCAGCGACGUUUACGCCGUAACUCGACCGCACGCGGCUGCCGCGCUCGCUCCUUCGUCAUCGCCACUACCUGCUUCAAGCUCAGCGGUGCUCAUUGUUGCUCGUCCUCGGUCGUUGACGGUGCUGUCUCUCAAGAAUAACCACUGCACCACGUCUGCACAACAGAAGCACUGAACGGAUACCAAAUCACUGGACUGCAGAGGAACAAGCUGGAUCCUGACUGCCUUUUUGGGUCUUCAAUACCACCAACUACACACCGCCGACCCGGCUCGUUGAAACAAUGUCGCAGUCUCUUGCAGCCGAUCUCUCGGCGUUCAAAAACAGGCUGAAGGCCCAGCCCGUGUUGCAGAAACGGGUGAUUGUCGACUCGGCCGCGAACUCGUCGAACAACUCGGAGGAUGAAGGACGGAAGCGGAAGAAGGUCAAGACCAGCACUGUGUUCUCGCAACCGGCUGAUACCGGGAUCGGAAGUCAUAUGCUGACGCAAUUGCAUCAUGCGGUCGAAUAUGUUAAAGAUCAAGACAGACCGGUGACGGUCAAGGACCUGCAGAGCUAUCUCAACGGCGCAGGUGGUCCCGAGCUUCUGGUGCAUCUGCAACACAUUGAACGAAUCAUCUACGACCCCGUGAAGCGAACGUACGAGUACAGACCACUACACAACAUUCGCACCGCAGAGGGUCUGCUUGCAUUCCUGCGCCGACAGCAGACCUUUCGCGGGUUAUCAGUCAAGGAGCUACAAGACGGCUGGCCCUCUUGUGGAGAAGCGAUUGACAAGCUCGAAGCCGCCGGCGACAUCCUCGUGUUGCGAACGCGGAAGGAAGGCACGCCGCGGCUGGUGUGGGCAAAUAUGGGCGGCGAGAUGGGCGGCGUGGAGGAAGAGUUCAAGUCGAUGUGGAACAGGCUGCCGAUACCGUCUGCGGCGGAAUUGCCAGGGAAGUUGGAGGAGGUCGGGCUGAAGCCGACGAGUGUGGAUCCUGCGACAGUGAAGAAGGCGGGAAAUAUGCAUGAGAAGAAGCAGAAAAAGCCGCGGAAGGGAAAAAUCACAAAUACUCAUAUUCCCGGUGUGCUCAAGGAUUUUGGAAGGGUAUAGACUGCAUAUUAUAUAGUUAGAGAUCAUUAGCAUGAAGGUAAUGAACAAUUUUGUCGAGUCUGGGAGUCUGUCGUUGUCAGAAGAUUCUUCUGAUAUGGCUGGGCCCAAAAAUUUUGUAUAGUAUAGUAAUAGAUGACAUGUUUGACCCUUUAUAUUAUCCGAUCAAUAAUCAGUAGCGCUGCUUGCUCUGAUUCGACGAGAGG